AUGGCGCCCGCCACGCCCUUCAAUGCCGCUGAAAUCACGGAGAAGGCGCGGCGCGACCUGCUUCUUCUGCUCGAAGGUAUAAGAGGAAAGAAGAACUUGGUGUUGGAGAAGGCGCUUGCAGGUCCGUUGAACUUGCUGGUCAAGUUCUCUACGCUCCAGGAAUAUGGCGUGGAUAAGCCGUUCUUCCUCGAGAACGACAACGUCGAUGCGAGUCAGAGGAAUGUAGUAUUCCUUGUGAGGGGAGAGAAAGCGAAGACGGUCAUGAGGGUUGCUGACCAAAUCAAACGCAUACGAAGAGAAAGCGAAACCGAGCACGAAUUCUCAAUCUUCUGGGUCCCAAGGCGCACAAUCGUCUCGGACCAACUGCUCGAAGAAGCCGGCGUGCUUGGUGAGGCCAGCGUCAGCGAGUGGCCACUGUUCUUCGUCCCUCUAGCUGAUGACGUGCUGUCUCUUGAAAUUGAAGAUACAGUGUCGGACCUAUACCUUCGUAAGGAUCCUACAUCAAUAUACAUAGCAGCAAAGGCACUCAUGUUGCAACAACGCAAGUAUGGUCUCUUUCCGCGAAUAGUUGGUAAGGGCGACAACGGCAAACGCCUCGCCGACCUUCUCAUCCGGAUGCGCACCGAAGUUGCAGCAGGUGAAACACCAAGCAAUACUGGCCCAUCAUUCCUUGGUCUAUCUCCCAGUACCACCAUCGACAGCCUGAUCAUCAUCGACCGGGAAGUCGACUUUCCCACCGUGUUACUCACUCAACUGACCUAUGAGGGCCUUAUCGACGAAGUCUUCAAUAUCUCUGCCAACCAAACCGAAGUUGAUUCAUCAGUUGUUGGCGGCGCAGCACCACAACCCGGCCAGACAGGCUCAGCAUCCACCAGCAUGAAGCGCAAGAUCAUGAUCGACCCCAAGGACAACCUCUAUAGCGAGUUAGGCGACGCCAAUUUUGCCAUUGUAGGAUCCCUCCUCAAUAAGGUGGCGCGCCGGCUGCAGUCGAGCACAGAGCGGAACAGCCUGGCCGCGAAAUCGACUUCCGAAUUGCGCGACUUUGUUGCCCGCCUUCCAGGCUACCAAGCCGAGCAGGCCAGCUUGAAGUUGCACACCUCUCUCGCAGAAGAGAUAAUAAAAUACACCCGCACAGACACAUUCACGCGUUGUCUCGAAGUGCAGCAAAACCUCAUGUCCGGCGCCGACCCCAGCACACAGCACGACCUCAUCACCGAACUGAUCGACCGUGGCACGCCGCUCCCCACCAUACUACGCCUCCUUUGUCUCGAGAGCACGACAAAUGCUGGCAUCCGCGCCAAAGACCUGGACGUUUUCAAACGCGCCAUCAUUCAAGCUUUCGGCCCCCAGCACCUGCUCACCCUCCAGUCUCUCGAGAACAUGUCGCUACUAACCCCACGCGGCGGCGCCACCCUGGCCGGCGGAACAGGCAGCUCCGUAAAACCCGGGAGCGUAACAAACUACACGCCUCUGCGCAAGACGCUGCGCCUCUGGGACGACGAAGUCAACGAAGCCAGCCCCAAAGACAUCAGCUACACCUUCUCCGGCUACGCCCCGCUGAGCGUCAGAAUCGUGCAGUCCAUCAUCCAGAAGCAGACACUCGCCAACGCUAUCAAACCGCCCACCACGCCCGGCGCGCCGCUGAGCUCCAACCCGCUAGCCCAGGGAUGGAGGAUGUUUGACGACUCGAGCAAGUACGUCCGCGGCGCUACCUUCAACGAGGUGCAGACGGGCAACGUGAGCCAGAAGGCGCUGAAGGCGAGGCAGAUGCUGAGCGGGCACGGCGAGGGCGGCAAGACGGUCGUCGUCUUCUUCCUGGGCGGCGUGACGAGGGCUGAGAUUGCGGCGCUAAGGUGGGUGGGUGGGAAGUUGGCGGAGAGCGGCGGGGAGGGCAGGGGGAGCAGGAUUGUGGUUGCCUGUACGAAUGUGUUGACGGGCGAUGGGCUGGUGGAUGGGGCGACGGAGAAGGGCAUGUUCAAGGCGUAG